CAACAGUCUAGCGUAAGACGUAAAUCCACGCAGUCGUCUUUGUGAGUCGAUCUCUAGAUUCAGAUUAACUUUCUUUGAGUUUGUUGUGUGAUGUGCCCGUGGUGUUUUUCGCCGUUUAUUUUGGAUUAUUGCACUGUGCAUUGAGCUUUUUCGGUUUACAAUGAAUUUGAGCAUCAAGUUUUGGUUAGUGCCGCUGAUCAUCUUUGAAUGCAGUUGCAGGACAUUGUCAUCAAAUCUCCCCAAGGAUGUGUUAGAACAAGCGGAAGCGGGUUUGUUGUCGUUGUUCGGUUUUAAAGGAAGGCCAAAAAUUGAUAAAUCGAAAGUAGUGAUACCGCAAAUUAUGAUUGACUUAUAUGAGAGGCAAACCGGAUUGCGGCUAGACACCACAUCGAUUCCGAAGAAAGGCUGGCGAACGGAAACUGCUAAUACCGUCAGGAGUUUCACACAUAUUGAAAGUCCGAUAGAUUCCAAAUUUUCAAGUAACCACAAGUUUCGGCUGAAGUUCAAUGUAUCAAGCGUCCCAAGCAACGAGAAAAUGAAAGCAGCUGAACUGACACUCAGCCGACAAGAAGUCCAAUGGAUGACCGAAGACAUCGAUCGAAGGGAACAUUUCCAACGAAUCAUAGUGAGCGACAUCGUCAAACCCGGGAUAAAAGGGAAACAGAACGCGAUCACCAGAGUAGUGGAUACUACUCUCAUAGACACCAGAAGAAACACCACUGUCAGUAUAGACGUAUUUCCUGCCGUGCAAAGGUGGUUGGCGAAUCCUAGCGGCAACCAUGGACUUCUGAUCUCGGUGUGGGGAUUGGGAAACAACAAAUCCACUCCUGCCAAUCACGUUAGGUUACGCAGGAGCACGCAUCAUCCCAACGAAUGGAAUCAUCUUCAGCCCGUGUUGCUGGCCUACACGGAUGACGGUAAAAGUGUGCAGAAAAGAGCCGCUGACAUGGCUCAAACCCAGCGGCGGAGAAGAUCGUCCAAGAAGCAUGCCAGAAAAAACCCUUGCAGCAGACAUGAGAUGUACGUAGAUUUCACUGACGUAGGGUGGAGCGACUGGAUAGUUGCGCCACCUGGAUACAACGCCUACAAGUGUGAUGGGGACUGCAAUUUUCCCCUCGCGGCACACCUGAACACCUCAAAUCACGCAAUCGUGCAGACAUUGAUGAACUCUGUGAAUCCGCAGAAAGUUCCAAAAGCGUGUUGUGUUCCGACACACUUAAACCCCGUGUCGAUGUUGUACUUGAACGAGGAAAACAAAGUAGUACUGAAGAACUAUAAAGAAAUGGUUGCCGUCGGUUGUGGGUGUCGGUAGUGCCGUUUAGUGCCGGUUGUAACUGCGUCUGUGAUCAUGACUUGAUGCUAUCCUAGCAAAAACAGCUGUCCCAGUGAAAAUGCUAACGAUGUUUGUGUGUGGGGUUUGGCCAAAACUGAGCAUGCCCCUGACUAUUUUCUCCUCAUCUGUGAUUCUAAUUUUAGUUUAGUUUAACUGUCGUACAGUUAUUUUAGAGUUGAGUUUCUCGUUCAAGAGAAAACGAUCUUGAAGACUACCGUAUUUCUCUAGUAGAUAAAUGCACAUGACUUGCUGUAGUUAAUAUUCACAAUAUGAAAGAACUUGUAAUGAUGGUUUGGAUUUCCUUAUUUUGAGGAGAAACACAGUGAACAAUACCAUUUAGUUGAAUUAUGUUGACUUCUUUCAAAUCAACAUUUUUCAGAUACAUACAUUUGUAGUACGUUCACAUUUUAUUUUAUAAUUUUUAAAUCAACUAUAAACUUUCAUUUGGGAGUUAGAAAGUAAUUUACUAACGAAAAGGAACUGAAUUAGUUAUUUUGAAUAAUUAUCUACAUCCAUCUUAUAACAGUCGGUAAUGAAAUAAUUCACAAGUAAAACACGUACAUGAUAUAAUUUGUUUCGGUUAUUUUAUUCACUGACACUCACUGUUGGGAAAAUGAAUUAACUCCCCCUUUGUUUACUAUUUUAUAGAUUGACAUUCAUUCGCUGCUUAGAACUGUACAGUUGAUUUUAGCGUUGGACUUUAUAUCCAUAGAAACGUUAAUGAACAAUGACAACUACACAUUAAAUCUUUGAAUGAAUAGUUUUCAUCAACAUUUUUACCUUUUAUUGAUUCAAUUAUUAGAGCUGGAUUUCACUUGCACACAAUUGAUAGGUUCUUUGAAAAAAACUGUUGUGACUCUCCAUUAAUCCUACUCGAAAUGCUUUACUAUCACUUAGUAUGUUAAUGGUGAAGAGGUAGAUUUUGAAGUCUCUGUUUCUAACCUAAAUGUAAGGCAGUGCCAAGAGAGGUUUAGUAAACCAAGAUAAGAAUAUUGGAAAAUAAUUUUAUAGGACAGGUGCUCAAGAAAAGAGGCACUGCUUAAACUAUUGUAUAAUAGGGGACAUACUGGAGGUUACCUUACGGAUUAAUGAACUGAAACCGUUGUCAAAGUAACUGCUCCUUUCUGUUUCAGUAUUGCUUUUGGUCAGUCAGUCAUUGUUUUCUAUAAAAUAAUAUUUGAUAUUUCAUCUUUAAUCGUGUCUUUCUAUUCUGAACAAUGUUCAGUAGAACAUUUUUUUCUGAAAACUACAAAAGUGUGAGUUUUCUUUAGCAUAAGAGAAUAUUUUUAUUAAAUAAAUAUUUUUCAUGAGGAUAGCAUUAUAUUCCUAACUUAUCCGAUAUAUUAACAUUUUCCAAUCAUAUAAUCCCAUAUCAAUAGUGAAUCCGCUUAAAUGUACUAUAGUGACUUGAAAAGGUCGACCUUAAAUUUCUUCAUGAUAUAAUUGGUCGUUAUUCGCCAAUAAAACGUAGUUUCUAUUGAAAAUCAUCGCUAAUAAUAUAAUCAGAAGCUUUCUAUCAACCUUUUUUAGAGAAAAUCAAGAUAUAGAAAUUAUUAUAUUUGUCAUUAUUUGAUUCCAUUUUUGUGAACAGAACUUAUAAAUACAAUUAGGACUUUUUCUGAAAAAGUUAAUAUCAUUUAGUAAAUUUCCUAGGCAAAUGUUUCAGAUUUCCUUCCCUUACAUUUCCGUAAUUUUCUUAUGAAAAUUUAUGAAGGAUUCAUUUCUUUUUAGACACAUUACAGAACAACUCAAGUAAAAUAAGAUAAUCUCAUGCCUAUAUGAAAUUUUGUAAAUCGUAAAGAUUCAUCUUUGAAUUUGAAGUUAGAAUUAUUUUUUGAUUGUACAAGAAUACGUGACUUGCUGAUUCUAAAACUUUAAAUCUACCAUAAUCAAAAUAUCUUGCACUAUGAUGUUAUGAAGGUGAUAAAGAUAUGUUUUUUCAGAAAGGGGUGCAAGGAUAGGAUGGUCUCGGAAUUCCGUUCUAACCGUCUAAAGUUCAUGUUGAUGUAUAUCUUAAUCGAAAAUAACCUUCAAUUAUGAUCCAAGAUAAUUUGUUCUGACUCUCAACUUUUUUAUCUGUAUGGUCAAUUAAGCUCCUAAUGCUAUUUGUCAGAAUUUCGAAGUCAAGUGUUGAAUACGCUCAUAAAGUGAAUCAGAAGAAUCAUUAAGGUUAUAUUUUUCACAAUUGCUAAGGAGGAAUGAAAACUUCAUUUUUUUUACUUUACAUAAAUUUAAUUUUUUACAUAAAUUUACUUUGAAUUAAUACCAUUCGGUCGAUUAUUCUACUCGUAUACCACAUAUGCCACCGUUAUGUAUUACAAAAACAUUAUAUCUUAUAAAAACUAAAUCACUAAUUUUAUCUCGAUAAUCAAUUUUUCCUCCUGGUUCGACAAGUUUCUCUUUGAAAUUAUACUUCAUUCAUUUGAAUUGCAUUAUGUUAUUCAAAUAGUGUCGAAGAAGACUGAGAGAUGUUGUUUUGAUUAACACAAUCUCCCAAAGAAAACUGGUUGUGUUUAUUUGAAAUCAGUUUUUAUGAUUUGUAUCAACCAUGUAAAUGGAAGUAGUUUAUAAACUAAUGACUCCUCAAAUGAAGGACUGACAAAACUGAUUGCUUUGACCAACCCCAUGUUAUAGAAAGUUACUCCCGAUUAGUUUUAGAUUGAAGAAUUCGUUAUUUUUUUACUGUAACCGUUUUUAAUGAAACAAGAAAAUCCAAAUUGUCACUUCCAAGACUACUGAUAACAUCAGCUUAGAUUAUCUAAAAUAACUGUAUUUAAUUGAAAUUUCACGAAACUGUUACCUGUUAACCAACAACUGAAGAAUCUGACGUGUCCUUCAGUCUUAAAUGUUGCAGUGAAUGUAAUUAACUUGUUAGGUGAGAAGUGUACAAAGGUGGAGUGGAAACCCAUGCAAAAUGUUUUGAAGAGCAAUCAAUUUACCAUGUUAUCGAAAUUUAUUUAAUAUUUUUUCCACGGUCUGAUUAGUUAGUAAAUUUGGAAAUUGAUUGCAGAUGAGGCAUUCAUUUCAUCUUAUGUUCUUCGAAACUGUGCAACUGAGUCAAGUGUAAUAUAUUAGUACCUGGAUAAGGAAUAUUUAUUGAAUAUUUUAUAGAAAUGUGCAUAUUGUAUAUAAUUGAAAUCCGAUUUGACGGAACGUCAGUAACAACUUCAGAGUAGAUUUCGUACUUUUCCAAUAACAAACAUUGUUCAAGAAGCUUAACCUAAUCUUCAACUAGAUGUCUAUACAUUUCACAGACUGGUUAUCAUUAUUAUGUAUGUUUCGUUGAAUCGGAACUUGUAAAUUAAAGAGCCACACUAAUUUGUAAUGUUAUGUAAGCAUUUGUACAAACUGUAAAUAAGUAUAUAUU